AUGGCAGUUGAAAUGGAAUUACAAACUUCUCCACCUGAAGGGAUUCUAGAGAACGUAUGGGCAACUUUCAUUGGCGAAGAUUGCCAAACAAGCGAGGAACCAACAAUGAAACCGUAUCAAGUUUCCGAAUCAUGGGAGGAAUUGCCAAAUCUUGAUCAUGGUAGAGACGAGUCAAUGGGAUUUUUACAAAGGCUACCGAGCUUGGGUAGAUGGAUAUCUAUGGGAUCGGAAGAAUGGGAGGAAAUUCUUGAUAGGAUUGUUCUUCCUUCUGAGAAUUUGGAAAAUUCAUGCGAUCAGUGUCUUUCAAAAAGUGGUGAGAGUACUGUUUCGAGUUCAGGAGCUAAUGUUGUGAAAGUUGAGAAGCGUUAUAGGGGAGUCAGGAGACGACCUUGGGGAAAGUAUGCAGCCGAAAUCAGGGAUUCAUCAAGAAAAGGAGCGAGGGUUUGGCUUGGAACAUUCAAGACAGCCGAAGAAGCCGCUUUGGCUUAUGAUAAGGCGGCAUUGAGAAUUAGAGGCCCUAAAGCACAUCUCAAUUUUCCGAUCCAAGUAGUAGAAAAAGCGAUGGGAAUCACUCAUGAUCCAAAAUGUGACACAAAUGAUCCUUUGACCAGUUCUCAAAGGAUUGAUUCAACACAUAUCCAUAAUUUAUGGGCCAGAGAUUACAAUACAAAUAAAAGGGUGGUUAGAGGAUGGGAAGAACUCCAAGAGAAGGAUGUAGCCAUGCAUGGACCACCUCCGUUGAAGAGAUUGGACACCUUGGAUGGAUCGUAUUGGGAUGACAACAUUGAUGUACUCGAGUUUCAAGAUCUUGGUGCUAGUUAUUUAGAAAAUCUGUUGUUUAGAGAAACGAAAUUCUAG